GUGGUGACUAGAAAAAAAAGCCUCUGAGGUGCACAAAAUUUGAAACAAAUAAACAUGCAAAUUUUAACAAAACCAUGCAAUAACAAAGAGUAGAAAGUAACUACACCACAACCUUCACAUGGAAGAUUUCACAAACAUAGAAGAAGAAGAAGAUGAUCACAAGAAGAACAAGGAUUCAACCAAAUUCAAAAGAAGACAACUUGGACUCUCAUGCAUGCUCAACACCGAAGUGGGUGCAGUUCUAGCAGUGAUACGUCGUGGCCCUGAAUUCAACCCCAACAAUGGAUACAACAUCUCUUCCCCUGAAGAGAGCUAUGACUCUUCCAUGGUUAGUUCCUUGCGCUCCCUUCGCUCUCUCAUCUUCAACCCUCAACAAGAAUGGCGCACCAUUGACCCUUCCAUCUACCUCUCACCUUUCCUUGAUGUCAUUCAAAACGAUGAGGUUCCAGCCUCCGCCACCGGCGUCGCCCUCUCCUCCAUCCUCAAGAUUCUCAAAUUUGAAGUGUUCGACGACAAGACCCCGGGCGCCAGAGAAGCCAUGGAAUCCAUUGUCGCCGGGAUAACAAGUUGCAGGCUCGAGAAAACUGACCCUGUCUCUGAGGAUGCUGUGAUGAUGAAGAUACUGCAGGUUCUGGCUGGGGUGAUGCAGCAUAAGGCUUCAACCUUGAUAUCUGAUCACGCUGUUUGCACCCUUGUGAAUGCAUGCUUUCAGGUUGUUCAGCAAUCAGUGAACAGGGGAGAUUUGCUGCAGAGGAGUGCUAGGUACACCAUGCAUGAGCUUAUUCAGGCUGUGUUUUCACGGUUGCCGGAGAUUAAGGUUAAGGAGAGAGAAGGUGAAUCAGAAUCUGACAUGGAGGAUGAUGAUGAUGAAGAUGAUGAGAGUUUGGAGUCUGGUUAUGGGGUUCGUUGUGCGAUUGAUAUUUUUCAUUUCUUGUGUUCUCUGUUGAAUGUUGUGUCAAUAGUUGAUGGAGAUGGGUCUACUUCUCAUACAGCUGAUGAAGAUGUUCAGAUUUUUGCUUUGGUUUUGAUCAACUCGGCUAUUGAAUUAAGUGGGGAUAAGAUAGGGAAGCACCCUAAGCUUUUGAGGAUGAUUCAAGAUGACUUGUUUCACCAUUUGAUUCACUAUGGGACAUGGUCUAGCUCUUUUGUCUUGUCCAUGAUUUGCAGCACUGUGUUGAAUGCUUAUCACUUUCUGAGAAGGUUUAUUCGUUUCCAACUAGAAGCUUUCUUUGGAUAUGUGCUAUUUAGAGUUGCAUUUCUUGGAAGCUCGAUGCCACUUCAAGAAGUUGCAGUUGAAGGGAUAAUAAACUUCUGCAGACAACCCACAUUCAUUGUUGAAGUUUAUGCAAAUUAUGAUUGUGAUCCAUUUUGCCGGAAUGUGUUUGAGGAGGUUAGCAGGUUGCUUUGCAAGCACUCAUUCACGGCGAAUGGUCACCUGAACAGUUUGAACAUCCAAGCCUUUGAAGGACUAUUGAUCAUGAUUCACAACAUUGCAGAUAAUAUUGAGAAAGAUGAGUCAAUCCCUUUAGGCCCUUACCCAAUUCAAUUGAAUGAGUAUAAACCCUUUUGGGAGGAGAAAGAUAGAGUGGAUGAUGACUUGGAAGCUUGGGUGGAACAUGUAAGGAUGAGGAAAGUGCAGAAAAAGAGAUUACUAAUUGCUGCAAACCAUUUCAAUAGGGAUAAUAAGAAGGGUCUUGAGUACUUGAAGCAUGCUAAACUGAUCUCAGAUCCUCCUGAUCCGAAAGCAUACGCUUACUUCUUUCGUUACACUCCUGGCCUAGACAAGAAGGCAAUAGGGGAAUAUCUUGGAGACCCUGAUAGUUUAUACCUCCAAGUUCUGAAGGAAUUCACAGACACCUUCCAUUUCAAUGGCAUGAAUCUUGACACUGCACUGAGGUUUUAUCUAGAGAGUUUUUGGUUGCCUGGAGAGUCACAAAAGAUUCAACGUAUAGUCGAAGUAUUUUCUGAGAGAUUCUAUGAUCAGCAAUCCUCAGACAUAUUUGCAAGCAAGGACACUGUUCUUAUUUUAUGCUACUCCCUCAUCAUGCUUAAUACUGACCAGCACAAACCCCAAGUCAAGAAGAAGAUGACAGAAGAGGACUUCAUCAAGAACAAUAGAGGAAUAAAUGCAGGACAUGAUUUACCUAGAGAGUACCUCGCUGAGCUUUUUCAAUCAAUUUCCAAUCAUGCAAUAGCACUUGCUCAAACUAUUGUGUCAUUGGAAAUGAGCCCAAGUAGGUGGAUUCAGCUCAUAAACCUAUCCAGAGUAACACCAACUUUCAUACAAUGUGACUUUGAUAAAAGAAUGUGUAGAGACAUGUUUGCCUGUAUUGCCGGUCCAUCAGUGGCUGCUCUUUCAUCGUUCUUCGAGCACGCCGAUGAAGAAGAGCUUCUCCAUGAGUGCAUUGAAGGGCUAUUCUCAGUUGCAAGGAUUGCACAGUUUGGACUAGAAGACACUCUUGAUGAGCUCAUAUCAUCAUUUUGCAAAUUCACCACACUACUAAAUCCUUAUGCUUCCUCAGAAGAAACCAUGUUCACCUUCAGUCAUGAUUUGAAACCUAGAUUGGCAACACUUGCAGUUUUCACCAUAGCAAAUGAUUUCCGAGACUCGAUUCGAGGAGGUUGGAAGAACAUAGUAGACUGCUUGUUAAAGCUCAAGAGGCUUAAAUUGCUUCCACACUCUGUCAUUGAUCUUGAGGCACAAGCAGAUGUUUCAACACCUGACUCGAGUGCCCUUUCUCUUGAUGAUCAGAAAUUUGGUGGCAGCCAGAGAUUUUCUAGCAUGAUCACUCGUUUCUCGCUUCUUUCACCAGAAAAUAUGGAAGAUGGUUUGACCCUUGGUAGUGAAUUUGAACAGAAUCUCAAAAUGAUAAAAAUGUGCAGAAUUGGUAGCAUCUUCAGCAAUAGCUCCAAUAUCCCCAAAGACUGCUUACACAACCUUGGAAGAUCUUUGAUAUUUUCAGCUGCUGGAAAAGGCCAAAAGUUCAGCACACCUGUUGAAGAAGAAGAAACUGUUGAGUUCUGUUGGGAUUUGAUCACUACAAUUACUUUAGCUAAUGUUCACAGAUUCCAGUUUUUUUGGCCAAACUUCCAUGAGUAUCUUCUAGCAGUUGCUCAAUUUCCCAUGUUCUCUCCAAUCCCAUUUGCAGAAAGAGCUCUCUUAGGCCUUCUCAAGGUCUGUCUCAAGCUAUUUUCUACUCCAAGAGAAGACAAACAAAUUGAGGAGCUUAUUUUCAAGUCUAUAACAUUAAUGUGGAAGCUUGAUAAGGAAAUUCUAGAUACAUGCCAUGAUGUGAUAUCACAAUCAAUGAGCAAAAUAGUCAUUGAAUACCCGGCAAAUUUGCAGACUCAAUUCGGAUGGAAGUCGGUGUUGAAUUUGUUAUCGGUAACAUGGCGACAUCCUGAAACCUAUGAUCUGGGAAUUGAGGCCUUGAUUACAUUGUUGUCUGAUGGCACUCAUGUAACAAAAACAAACUAUGCUUAUUGCAUAGAUUGUGCUUUUGGUUGCUUCUUAGCAAAGAACAGUCCAAUAGAGAAAAAGAAGAAGAUACUGGAUCUAUUAGCUGAUUCAGUAAAAUUGUUGGUUCAAUGGCAUAGAACUCAAUACUCAGAUCCUGGAAGCAAUGUCAGUGCAGCAAGCAGCACAAGUACUUCCUCCAUGGAGGACAAUUCCAGAGGGCCCGGUUCCGCAAACUACAACAUGAAUUUGUUUGUGAAACUUGGAGAAGCAUUUAGAAGGACAAGCUUGUCCAGACAAGAAGAGAUAAGAAACCAUGCAGUUUAUUCUCUUCAUAAGAGUUUCAACCUAGCUGAAGAGCUGCUUUAUCUAUCAAGUAACUGCAUUAACUACUUCAACCUUGUGAUUUUUGCCAUGGUGGAUGAACUUCAUGAGAAGAUGUUGGAGUACUCUAGGAGAGAAAAUGCUGAGAGGGAAAUGAGAAGCAUGGAAGGGACACUUAAGCUUGCAAUGGAGCUGUUGUCUGAUAUGUACUUGAAUUCCUUGAGACAAAUAGCUGAGAGUCCAGGGUUCAGGACAUUCUGGCUAGGUAUAUUGAGAAGAAUGGAUACGUGUAUGAAGGCUGAUCUGGGACACUAUGGUCCAUCAAGCUUGAGUGAAAUCAUCCCUGAUUUGCUGAAAAAGAUCAUAACACAUAUGAAGGAUGAGGGGAUUUUAGCACCAAAAGAAGAUGAUGAUAUGUGGGAGAUCACAUAUAUACAAAUUCAGUGGAUAUGUCCUGCUCUCAAGGAUGAGCUAUUUCCAUUAUAGGCCUUUUACAGAAAAUGGACAAGUACCACUUUUUUACCCCAUUUAUUUGUUUUGCAGUAAACACAAACCUUUGUUUUCAGCAUGUAAAGUAAUAAUAUUUUAUUCUG